UGUAGAUCGGCAAAGCACGUUGCAAAUUGUCUCCGUUAAACGAGCGUUAUUUCCAAUUACGUCGAGCUUUGUCAUAGUCCAAAACGAUGAACGGCGUGAUUUGGAGUAAAACGCAGAAAACUUUCGUGCCAAUUUCCAGCGUGCCGAUAUUUGCCAUGCUGCAACAAGAACGUCUUAAACAAAGUCGAGCACUGGAAACCCACAAUUUCCAACUGCGCAACUUGACUCUAACAUCUUUCCAGGAACUGCGUUUCCUCGAAUUUUACGAUAACGAUAUGAAAGUUACAGGAUUCUGCGGUGAAUUGUGGACUCUUCUUUCUAAAAAAUUGAAUUUUACGUAAGAUUAAACUGUAAUUUAAACCGCAAUUUAUUGUAUUAGAAGAUUGUUGACGAAGCUAACGACAAAUUACAUGUAAAAUCAAAGGAUACUUCAUAUUCUUAGAUUACAGCCAAUAAGAUCAAAUGAAACUAGCCUGGGUGCACCAUCGAAAGACAAGAUGAUUUUUGAGCGAGGAUUAUUGGGUAUAAUUACGCGCAAUGAAACUAUCGCGAUUCCAAAAGUCGAAUUUUCCAAUCUUCGACGUCUAGCUGCUGAUUUUACAAUGCCUUUAUGGAUGAACAGCCACCGAUUAUAUAUUCGAAAUGAGAUGACACAUGACAGCACAUGGAUGGCAAAAGUGUUCUCCUGGAAAAUAUGGUGCUUUAUAUUGGUUAUGUGUCUAUUAUUGAGCGUAUGCAGUUUUUGGUCACAAACUAUUCUCGCACGGAUCGGAAAUAAUUGCAGACGCUCGACCAUUAGCGAUCACAUCUUUUACACCUUUGGAAUGGUCUGCAAUCAAAGCAAUAUUCCGAAUGUUCUCGUUGGAAGAUCAAGAAUAUUAGAAGUAUCGCUGGGCCUCUUUUGUUCUAUAUUGUCGAUGGCAUUUGGAGCUUUGUUAUUCAUUUAUAUAACAAAAAGGAUUAACGUUAUACCGCCAUUCAAUAACUUAGAAUCUCUGCUGACCGAUACUUCAUAUGACGUUGUCACUUUGGAAGGUUCUAUUGCAGAUAUCAUGUUUAAGUUAAGCCCUAGCGAACCUUAUGCACUGGUAAGAACUGCAAAACGCGUCGUCGUUGCAUCAACAGUCGAGGAAAUGUUUAAAUUGGCAUGUAUAAAAGGUAAAAAGAAGUAUACCGUACUCCAAGGUGAAGACGAAUAUAAAGCAAGAGGUAAAAUUGAAUGUAAAGUGAUCCCAGUUGGACAAGCUUACUUCAAAAUGUGGGUAGCUUCUGGCAUUGCGAAGAAUUUUAAGUACAAACGGACCAUCGACCUCGGGUAAAAAGAGAUUAUAAUACCAUUGUAUAUAAUGCUAACGUGCUAUGUAAACAAACAAUUUUCAUGUAUACAGAAUACUCAGAUUGAAGGAAGUUGGAUUGUGGGAUGAGUUAGUAGAUCGUUGGUUAACGGAAGAAAGUGAACGUCAUUAUAAUGCUAAAGUAAAAGCGAUUAAGAUAGAGCAAGUUUCUUUAGUAAUUUUAAUGAUGUGUUGUGGAAUGAUAACAGCUUUUAUUAUUUUGAUAAUUGAAAAAAUUGUAUAUGCUUAUCAACGCAGGCUAUCGUAACUUUUCACUAAUGUUAUCACGAAUAUUUUACUUAAUUUUACUUUAUUUGCUCAAAAGAUUUAUCUACCAGCAGUUACUUAACUCACGUCUGAAAAUUCUAUUACAUUUAUGUGU